AGGGGCUCCGGGCGGCACAGUGCGCAGGCGCGAGCGUUCGGGGCUCGCGGCGCGCGGCGCUCGGUUGAAGCGGGAGUGAGUUCUGGGCGCGGAGACCCGGCAGCGGGCGAGCGAGCGGGUGACCGGGCGCCUCCUCUGCAGCCAUGGCAGCGCUGCGCUACGCGGGCCUGGACGACACGGACAGCGAGGACGAGCUGCCCCCGGGCUGGGAGCAGAGAACCACCAAGGACGGCUGGGUUUACUAUGCCAAUCACACGGAAGAGAAGACUCAGUGGGAACAUCCAAAAACUGGAAAAAGAAAGCGAAUAGCAGGAGAUUUGCCCUAUGGAUGGGAACAAGAAACUGAUGAGAAUGGACAAGUGUUUUUUGUCGACCACAUAAAUAAAAGAACUACCUACUUGGACCCAAGACUGGCAUUUACUGUGGACGAUAAUCCUACAAAGCCAACCACCAGACAGAGAUACGACAGCAGCACAACCGCCAUGGAAAUCCUCCAGGGCCGGGAUUUCAGUGGCAAAGUGGUCGUGGUUACCGGAGCGAAUUCAGGAAUAGGGUUUGAAACUGCCAAAACUUUCGCCCUCCAUGGUGCACAUGUGAUCCUGGCCUGCAGGAACAUGACAAGAGCCAAUGAAGCCGUGUCACGCAUUUUAGGAGAAUGGCAUAAAGCCAAGGUAGAAGCAAUGACCCUGGACCUCGCUCUGCUGCAUAGCGUGCAGCAUUUUGCUCAAGCGUUCAAGGCCAAGAAUGUGUCACUUCACGUGCUUGUGUGCAAUGCAGCCGUGUUCGCUCUCCCCUGGAGCCUCACGAAAGAUGGCCUGGAGACCACCUUCCAGGUGAACCACCUGGGCCACUUCUACCUCGUCCAGCUCCUCCAGGACGUCUUGUGCUGCUCAGCCCCUGCCCGGGUCGUCGUGGUUUCCUCGGAGUCCCAUAGAUUUACAGAUAUUAAUGAUUCCUCUGGAAAACUAGACUUUAGCCGCCUUUCUCCGUCGAAAAAUGACUACUGGGCCAUGCUGGCUUACAACCGGUCCAAACUCUGUAACAUCCUCUUCUCCAGCGAACUCCACCGCCGCCUGUCCCCGCGUGGGGUCACGUCGAACGCGGUGCACCCCGGGAACAUGAUGUACUCCUCCCUGCAUCGAGGCUGGUGGGUGUACACGCUGCUGUUCACCUUGGCCAGACCCUUCACCAAGUCCAUGGAGUGCAGGAGCAGAGCUGAAAAGUACAUGGGGACAGAAAACGCUGCGGUCCGAGGCAGACCCUGUUAGUGGUGGCCCGCCGGCCAGGCUCUGCUGGUCCCCAUUAUAGCCGUGGUGGGCAGGGGCCGCCAUGCGACGGGGAGCGUGCGCCAGCGUCCCGCUCCCUCCGGACGCCCUGCGCUCGGACGUCGCUCUUCCGUCUGCAGAUAUAUCGUUUUGAAGCCCGUAUGUUCCGUCUGCCUCAGCUUCUGUUUAUACUGGUGCAAAGCGAGGGCUGCUUGGCCUUGGGGAGUUUCACGGGAAGGUAGUAAACGUGUUUGGAAAAGACUUGAAAGUCCAGCUGUAUGUGUUUUCGUUUUAUAGUUAGCCUUAAAUGAGUGA